UUCUGUUUUGAGCCCCCCUUGUUUUCCUGUUUCUGAAAACUGACUUCUGUUUUGAGUCCCACUUGUUUUAAAUCUCCUAUAAAUACAUCAUUCUCUUCUCAAAAUUCCCACUUCAUCCCAGUCUUGGUUUCAGUCUCUCUCUCUCUUGAAGAACAAGUUUAACAGGUAUAUAUAGUGAGGGAGAAGAUAUGUCUCCUACAAUGGCGAUAAUAGUUGAGACAAGGAAGGAGGAUGAUGAGUUAGAAAGCCAAUAUCAGAAAGGUGUGAAGCAUUUGUCAGAUAAUGGGAUUGAAAAACUUCCAAAUAAGUACAUACUGCCUGUUUCGGAGAGGCCUAAUUUAUUAUUAAUCAAGGAAUUAGCAUAUGCAUGCAAGCACAACAACCUUACGUUGCCAGUCAUUGAUUUUGCUGAGUUGCAAGGUCCCAAUCGCUCCCAAGCCCUCAACUCCCUUGCAAAUGCUUGUGAACACUAUGGAUUUUUUCAGCUAGUAAAUCAUGGAAUUCAUAGUGAAGUGAUGAGGAGGAUGAUGGAAGUGAGUGAAAGGUUCUUUGAGCUGCCAUUUGAGGAAAGAGAGAAGUACAUGAGCUCAAAUAUGUACGCCCCAGUUCGUUAUGGAACAAGCUUUAACCAAACAAAAGAUGGUGUCUUUAGUUGGAGAGACUUUUUGAAGCUAAUGUGUCAUCCCUUACCAGACAUGCUUCCUCAUUGGCCUUCUUCUCCCUUGGACUUUAGGAAAUUGGCGGUUACCUACGCAAAUGAAAACAAAUACUUAUUCCUGAAGUUAAUGGAAGCCAUUGAAGAGAGCCUUGGACUAACAACAACAACCACCAAGAACAAGAAGACAGAUGAUAGUGAUGGUGAUGGUGAUGGUGAUGGUGAUGGUGAUGAUAUUUUAGAAGAACUGAAAGAUGGAAGCCAGCUAAUGGUAGUCAACUGCUACCCACCAUGCCCAGAACCCCAUUUGACACUGGGAAUGCCGCCUCACUCUGACUAUGGCUUCCUCACUCUUCUUCUUCAAGAUGAGGUUCCAGGUCUCCAGAUUCAGUUCCAACAAAAAUGGCUCACCAUUGAACCCAUCCCCAAUUCUUUCGUCGUCAACGUGGGCGAUCACCUUGAGAUAUUUAGCAAUGGAAGGUACAAAAGUGUGUUACAUAGAGCUAUAGUGAACCCUACAAAGUCAAGGAUUUCUGUGGCUUCUUUGCACAGUGUUCCUCUCAAGACUAUUCUAAGGCCAUCCCCAAAACUCAUCACUAAAGCAAAUCCAAGGCGUUACAUGGACACUGAUUUUGCUACUUUCCUCCAGUAUGUUUCAUCUUGUGAGCCCAAGACCAAGAAUUUCCUUGAUUCUAGGAAAUUAAAUGGAUAAGCAUAUGUACUUUGACUUUUGUAGCAUUAAUUCCAUUAGUUUGUGUAAGAGGAAGUGUAGCAUUAUGAAAGCUUUUGCAUUAGUUUCAUCUAUGCAUUUCCAUCUCAUUCUGAA